AUGGACGGUGAUGUCCAGUUGGCCAUCGCCUCCGCCCUACGCCGCGCCCCCAGGGCGGCGGCGGCCGCGCGCGCCCUUCUCGCCGCCCUGGGCAGCCCACGCAGCGGACGCGUCGGCCCUCCCCACCCUCGCGCGGCGCCCGUCGCCCCUCUCUCCUCCCUCUCCGCCCCGAAGCCGAGCGCCGUCGCCGACGCCCAACUCCUCCGGGUCAUAACCUACGAGAUCUCCCGCGCCCAGCUCGACUGCAGGAACCGCAACUGGGCGAAGGAACUAGGGGAAGGCUUCCCCUUCGAGAUCAGAGACAAGGAGGGCACCAGCAGGAUAACGCUCACGAGGACCCAUCAGGACGAGCGGAUCGAGGUGGAGGCGCUCCUGCCCAGCCCCGUCGCCGGAGCUGCGCAAGACGACGGCGAGCAGGAAGAGGAUGACCAAGCUGAAGACGGCAAGAAACAGAGCCAGGCCGGUGGCGGUGUCCCAAACCAGUACUGCAUCCCACUCACUGUGAGGAUUCGCAAAGGAGUAGGAGCGGCUUCAUGCUUGGAGAUCGGCUGCCGCUCCUACCCCACGGGGUUCGUCAUCGAGAGGCUGGAGUUUGGAUCGAGCGAUGAAUCUGCUGGUGGAACUGCUUUCAGCGGCAUUCCUGGGGAGCUUCAGAAGGCUUUGCAUCUCUACUUGGGAAGUAGGGGCAUCUCGGCGCAUUUUACCGACUUCAUGCAUGCUUACAUGAUAACCAAGGAGUGCCAUGAGUACUUGUCCUGGUUGAGAGAACUCAAAGGUCUGGUAAAGGGUUGAAUGGAGUGGAAGUUCAGGUUUAUUUCUUUCUAUCUGGGUGGUAGUUUGGACAAAUGGUACUGUACUAGGAAUGCAUUCCUAUGGAACAUGAGUCCUGCAGAAAUGAUGUGAGAUGGGGCCUAGAAUUGUAGUAUAACCUUUGUUAUGUGGCAUGUUAACAUUGAGGCAAAUGCUACUACAGAACUUUGUUUUAGCUGUA